UCCAGUGGGCGGAGCUGCGAGGUGCUCUCCUGGCCACGUGACCGGAGCCAACAUGGCGGCGCCCAUCGGCGUCCACCUGUUCGUCCGUGGAGGUUGUCAGAGAAUUUUGUCUUCUCCACUCAAUCAUCUCUGCUUAUACAAGCGGACAGGCAGUCAACAAAGAAGAAAUUUCUUUUUCUGGAGACAAAGGGAUCUCUCCCACAAUAUAGUCUCGCCGGCUGCAGUUUCUCCCGCACAUCCUGUUCCCAAGCACAUAAAGAAGCCAGACUAUGUGACGACAGGCCUUGUGCCCGACUGGGGAGACAGCAUAGAAGUUAAGACUGAAGAUCAGAUCCGAGGGCUCCGUGAGGCUUGUCAGCUGGCCCGACACAUCCUCCUCCUGGCUGGGAAGAGCUUGAAGGUUGACAUGACAACAGAAGAGAUUGAUGCUCUAGUUCAUCGCGAAACCAUCAGUCACGAUGCCUAUCCCUCACCUCUGGGCUAUGGCCGCUUUCCAAAAUCUGUUUGCACCUCUGUAAACAAUGUGCUCUGCCAUGGCAUUCCUGACAGCCGACCUCUUCAGGAUGGGGAUAUUAUCAACAUUGAUGUCACGGUCUAUUACAAUGGCUACCAUGGAGACACCUCUGAGACCUUUCUGGUGGGCAAUGUGGAUGAACGUGGUAAAAAGUUAGUAGAGGUGGCCAGGAGGUGUAGAGAUGAAGCAAUUGCAGCUUGCAGAACUGGGGCCCCCUUCUCUGUAAUUGGAAACACAAUCAGUCGCAUAACUCAUCAGCAUGGGCUGCAAGUCUGCCCGCAUUUUGUGGGACAUGGGAUAGGAUCGUACUUUCACGGACAUCCAGAAAUUUGGCAUCAUGCCAAUGACAAUGACCUGCCCAUGAAGGAGGGCAUGGCUUUCACCAUAGAGCCAAUCAUCACUGAGGGGUCCCCAGAAUUUAAAGUCCUGGAGGAUGAGUGGACUGUGGUGUCACUAGACAACCUAAGGUCCGCGCAGUUUGAGCAUACAGUCCUCAUCACAGCAAGAGGUGUGGAGAUCCUAACCAAACUGCCCCAAGAAGCCUAAGACUCUUCCAGCAAGGCCACCGAGGCCCCAUGCCUGUCUUCUUAAGGACACCUUUAAGAACUGAGGAGCCAGCCACAGGCCACAUAGGAGUCUGCAGUGUCUCAGAGAAAAAUACAGUGUGGACAGGACUUUGGGGACUCAGGUCUACGGCCUACAAGGGCCUCUGGAGAACCACCUUCCUGGGCAAGUGGUUUGCCUGUCCCUGAUUCUAAUUCUGGUUUCACUGAAAUCCAUUCCAGAUUCUAACCAAGUUAAAAAACAAAACAACAACAACAACAACAAACCUCUUAACUCCAUUGUGUUCACUCUCCACUUGGGACAGUUACAAAGGGGUGGGGUAGGUGGUUAGUUUUGGAAUCUCCAAACUUUUAACAUGCACACAGGAAAAAAAAAAAACAGAACCUGUUAUCUGAAAAUUUGUCUUUUCCCCUUGUGAGUCUUAAAUUAGUUAAGCCUGGGGGCACUUCCAGAGGCGGCACCUGCUUCCACCCCUGCCCAGUUUCCUCUUCUCCAAGGUUUGGCCUAGAGAAGAUGAGCCAGGAAGCAUUGGCUGCAAAUGUUUUCUUGGCUGUGGACCAUAGUGUGGCCUUUCUGAAGACUGCAGACCCCCGAGCCUCUCCAUCAGCAACCAUGCUUGAUCCCCUCCCAGCCUGAGACCACCCCCACCCUAGAUCUUUGUUUUGCUAAAAGUUUGAGCUGCAACCCCAUACAAGUCUUGAGUUUAGAGCCCAACUAGUCCUUAAACUGUCCUCCCUCUGGCUACCAGGCUGGGACAGGCACCCUCCCUGCUCCCUGGGCUAUACAAAUCAGGUAUUCCUGAGACCUCCCUGAGAGAGGAGACACCAGACACGUUUCAGACAAGGCCCUAGCUGCCUGCUCUGGAGCUGUCAGCGUUAACUAUGAAUCUGUGUGCCUGCAGCACCUACCUGCUGCUUCCGGCUUCCGGAGCAGAAGUCCAUUCCCGCCCAGAGCACUCGGCUUUCCCUUGUUGUCCCGGGAUCUGUUCGCACCUAGCUCCAGGGUGGGUCAGGCUGAGCUUUUACGGAAACCAGUCCCCUCUGGGCAUGUUAGAAAGAGCACUGUCUAGAGAGGCCCAGACCAUCAGUGGCCCUGCUAACUCUAGUUUGUGUUCCUGUGGAUGGCAGAGUGGCCACAGUCUAAAUAGAGCUUGGGCUGUCAGAGAACCAAGGACAUGCCUUCUGUUUGCCAGGAUAGAUGGCAUCAGAGGCACCCACAGGGAGUUAGCUUGUCUCUCAGACACCCAGAGCCGUGGACAAGGAGAUGGGAUACUGAGGACCAGCCCUUGGAAAAGUGGAAAAUCCCAGCUCCUCUCCAAACUUGGGAGCCUCUCCAUGGUCCCCAACCCUCCAGAUCAGUUUAUCUACAUCUAGAGAUUACAGGUAUUUGUGAAGGGGAUUCUAAAUCUAAUCUGUUUGAGAAUAAGAAGGAAUGAGGAUUUGUAAGAUCAACUGGCAAACUUUGGAGGUGUUCUGGAAUUAGCCAGGCAGAGGCUGGAGCUGUGGCCAUGGACAAUUCACAUUCCCCAGAGAGGACCAGGGCCCAGCUGGCCUUAGGAGCUAUUUGCCAGAGAAUGACUUCACUCCUUCCCUAGAGCAAUCAGAUUAGUUUGUAGUGUCUUUAUCUGCAGAUCAGUUUACUCCCGGUCCCCCUAAGGAUAGUUUUAUUAGGACCACAGGAUUUUACCAACCACUGGGGCGAUUAUUGCAGGUGGAGGUAUUUAUGGGGACCGUAUAUAAUCUGAUUUGGUAAUCUAGCCUACCCUGCUAAACUCUGCAGCUCUGUAGGAGACAAACUUGAGUUAAAGGAAUUUUGUGUAAACAGUCUUUUGAAGUUGAGAUUAGGAGUUG